AUGUAAAAAGAAGUAAUAAUAAUAUUUAUCAAGAAGUAGAAUAUUUUUUUUUUUUAAUUUAAAUGUAAAAAUAGAUGCCUUUUACAUUUUAUUUUUUAUAAAUAUUUUUUUUUGGGAAGUUGUUGGGAUUGCAACGAUUUAAUAGAUGCUUUGAUCUCGUGUUUUUGCUCUUGUUGCGUUGAAACUUACAGAUUAGAUCUCAAUUAAAUUCUUAGAUUAUCGUGCAGAAUUGGAUUUUUUAUUCUCAUGAUUUAUGAUCGAGAUUUGAAAACUUUUACUUUAGCAGAGUUUAGUUCAUUAAUAGAAGAGAGGGGGGUUUUUUUAUUUACCUCACUUUUGUUGAGGAUGUUUAUUUCAUUGAAGGAGAAUCUCAAACCCGCAAAAGAGAACUUUGGUAUAAAAUUUUGGACAUUUUUUAAUAAGGUAUUGGAAUUCUUUACCUAUCAUUUAAUUAUGAAUCAGGUUUGGAAUUAACAGCUUUAUAUGUUUUUUUUUAAAUUUUGUAUUAGGGAUUUUUGAAUUAUUCAAAUCCCUUUGUUAAAAACCUCAUAUUAAAGAUUAUAAUCAAUAACGAGGGCUUAAGGAAUUUUUUUUAGGAGCAUUCUUAGAAUGUCUUGUAGUUAUUAUAUUGUUUACAAUGAAUUUGGUUAAGUACUGGAAUUAUAUUUCCUCUGUAGUUGCUACAAUGCUUAUUGUCACUUUGAUAGAACAUUUUAUUCUGCUUAUAGAAGUAUUUAUACACAUGUGUCAAUCAUUUUCAAAAACAUCAAACGAUUGCACGAAAAGCGUUUUAGGAUUUUUAUAUGGAAUUACUUUUGGUUUUUUCUGCAUAUUUUAUGGUAAUUAUUUGUAAUUGAUUUUGGAAUUCUUAUAAUGGGCCAAAAUAUGCAAAAAAUAAUAAAUAUUUUCUUUAUGA